AUGACCAUUGUUUAUAGUACCCUCUUCUCUGUCCAAUUCAAUUCUCUUCCCCCCAUCAAACCAGUAACAAAAACUACAUUCCCUUAUCUUCCCUCCAGUACUCUCCAUUGCAGCAACAAGAGAGAUUUCCCAUUGCCAGCAGUGUCUUCAAUCCCAUACCCAUCUAUCAAUGAGGACUACCUACAAAGCCAAUUCAGUGGACAUGGUGUUACCUUUUCGGCUAUCGGCGACAGCUGUGUGGUCAGGAUGGGUCUGGAGAAUGGAAGUGUGGCCACUCUGAUGCUGCCAAGUGGUCUGAUAACAUCAUACAAGGCUCCUAUGUGGCAUGGCUCCACCCUAGAAUUGCUUCAUACAUCGGUAUCGGAAGGGGGAGUGGUGGUGCUGUUAUUCAAGGAGGGGUGUCAUUGGACUUCAAAUGUGAAAGUGAAGAAAAGGUUUCAUGGUCUCCAAGUGCUUGGGCUCUUCAUCAAGUUAGAGGAAGUCCUCAAGAAUACACUCAGGUAG